AUGAGACACGCUAGCUUGGCUGUAGUUCUCUUCGCCUGCAUUGCAGCCGCGGCCCCUGCAAACUGGACGGACAGUAUCCCCGGAUACGGCGUUGAAACCCUGGAAUGGAGAAUUCCCCAGGAAGACGGCGAAGCUGCCCUCGAAAUCAAAGGCACGAUUGAGGACGUUGUCUCGCAGCUUUCCAUGCAAAACCCAAAUGCUGCAGCCGAGAUCCGCGAGCGAGGAAAGAGGGAACUCGCAAAGCGUUCCCACUUGAUAAAGCGGGAUCAUAUCACGCACUCCCACUGUAACUUCCCCGGAGUGCUCCUGUCGGCAGUUGGACGUGGAAUGGAUUACAUCAACGGACUCCCUGGCCGGCCAACAAAUGGUCCGGGACCGGGAAAUUGUGGCCGCGUCAGCUGCUCCAAUAGUGCUGGCAUCUGGUGGUGUAAUGAUAGCCCCCAUACGAAGACGCUCGACUCCUGGAGCGAGAUUGGUGAUGGAGUUUUGUACCUCUACCAAGGGUGUGCUGGUGACGGUGGUCAGGUCUUCUUCGACGGCGACUGGAACGUUAUUGUGCGGCGUGCCGAUUGUUGA